GCAAUUUGCAAAGUACAACUCAGUAACCACCUUCCGUUGGACAUUAUUAACGAUUUAUCGCUGUGGAAUUACGUUCGAAGUCGAGUCGAAGAGUUUUGGGAGCCAAAUGGGUCUUCUGAGUAUCAUAAGGAAAAUCAAGCGGAAAGAGAAGGAAAUGCGAAUUCUAAUGGUCGGAUUGGACAAUUCUGGGAAAACCACAAUCGUUUUAAAGAUAAACGGAGAGGACACCAGCGUCAUCAGUCCCACGCUCGGCUUCAACAUCAAAACCAUAACUUACCAAAAGUAUACUCUAAAUAUAUGGGAUGUUGGGGGGCAGAAAACAAUAAGAUCUUACUGGAGAAACUACUUUGAGCAAACAGAUGGUUUGGUUUGGGUGGUUGACAGUUCAGAUCUGAGAAGGUUGGAUGAUUGCAAAUUCGAGCUCGAUAACCUUCUCAAGGAAGAGAGGCUAUCUGGAGCAUCUUUACUGAUAUUAGCAAAUAAACAGGACAUAAAAGGUGCCCUUACACCUGAAGAAAUAGCUAAGGUGCUGAACUUGGAAGCCAUGGAUAAAUCUCGGCAUUGGCAGAUAGUUGGCUGUAGCGCAUACACUGGUGAGGGUCUGCUUGAGGGAUUUGAUUGGUUGGUCCAGGACAUAGCCUCCAGAAUCUACAUGCUUGACUGAUGCUUGUUUGUGCCAUCUUCCAUGAAAUGUGUGCCAACUUACAAGAGAAUUCUCAAACAGUCAAACCCAAUAUCUGUCUUUGGAAGACAUUAUGGAUUCCCUGUCUCACUGAUAUGUUCCAGAUUUUUUUUUUUAAAAUUUUUGGUGGGUGGGGGUGAUGGGGGGUGCCUGUAAAAUCAUAUUGGAUUUUGAAGUGGCAAGAUAUUGAAUUACUUGCGAGUUACUUACCUAUCAAAUCAUAUAUGAGAAUUGGGAAGACUUGAUUAUGAACAACUGGAGAAGAAUGACUGUGUGAAGCAAGUAUUUUGUAAUCAAAUUAAGUUCAUGAACAAAAGCAUAUGUGCAUAAGGAACACCUGUGGACAUUUUAAGCACGUAGGCAGCGGACUGCUAGUUCUAAGUUUUCUUUAAAUGUGAAAAUAACUGUAGUUGAGGAUUUCUUUUUUAAAAUGUUGUUUUAAUGUUAUACAUGCUUAAUUUACUGAA